CUCAAAAAUUGGAUCAAGCAAGAAGAAUCAAGGAUUGCAAAUAUGAAGUCGAUUCUGAUAUUGAGUGCUAUGUUAGGAUGUGCAAGUGGUUUUACAACAGAACGACCAAAUUAUACCCCAAUAAUCGUAAACUUAUUCGACCAACGCCUUCCUCCUUGUCUGAGGGGCAAAGCAUUUACACCCGGAUUCCCUAGAAUGUUAAGGACGUGUGUUGGUUCACUAAUCAAGAGUACUGAAAUCAGAAGUUAUAUGGAUCUGGAUGUUUGCCAAUUCGUUAAGAACAGUGUUGCCAUGGGAUCGUCCUGUGUUGUCAAUGAAAUUAGCAUGGAAACGGGCUGCUCUGAGGAGGUCGUGGAAGGACUUGUGGGGUGGGGCUCGGACGACAUCCCGAUAAAAUUUGUGGAAUUUAUAUUUUGUGGUGGACCCGAUCCAUUUGAACCACCCAGACCAAAUAACGUCCCCGAAUGAAGUUGUGAAGCGGCACCAUGCUACGAAGUGAUGAAUAUUAAAAGUGUAAUUUGAAUCAUUAAAUCGAAAAUAAAAUAUCUUAAAAUGCAA